UUCCCACAAUUCCGUUCACCCACUCUUUAAGCGGACCAAAUAACCGAUUACUUCCGAAGUUACGUCGGAGACAUGUGCCAUGAGGCGAAAAGUAGCUGAUAUCAUCAUUUUGUCGUCUUUCCGUUAUUUCGGGACGAAAAGUUCCUAGGCCUAAAUAUCGUUGUGUUGUCUUUUCGCCUCGAAAUAACAAAAAGACGAUAUUUAAGGGCUAUGUUUAAGAUCGUAGUGGCUACGUAUAUGGAGCGCCAAAUUAACAUAAACUCAAAUAAUUGAAGAUAUCUUCAAUUAUUUAAAGAUAUCAUCAUUUCAUUUGAUGCGCGCAACAAUUUAAUUAAAGAUCUCUUCAAAUAAUUAAUGAUAUCUUCAAUUCUGAAUUAUUGCGCGCAUUAAUUGAAUUGAUGAGAGCAUUAAUUCUUCAGCUGAGUUGAUGCUCUCUUUAAUUGAAUUAAUGAUCUCUUCAAAUGAAUUAAUGAUAUCAACAAUUGAAUUGAUGCGCGCUACAAUUCAAUUGAAGAGAGCAAUAAUUGAUAUAAUGUUAAAUCAAUUGAUGAGAGCAAUAAUUGAAUAGAAGCGUGCAUUAAUUCAUUUGAUGCGAGCAAUAAUUGAUUUAAAGUAAUUCCACCCUCCUGUGAUGUCAUCAGAUUUUGCAAAAUCAAUUAUUUAUUUAGAUUUAUGCAUGAUAGGAACAUAAAUUUUGUUGGAGUAUUUUCUGAUAUUUAUUGUAAAAAAUCUUGUCAGAAAUAAACUAUUUCAAAAGUCUUAAGUUAUAGAGGAAUAAUCAAUGAUACAUGUCAAAAUAUUGAAUCCAAGGGCAAUAACUCUUGUUUCUAUUGAUUUCUUUAUCAAGUCUAUUAUGCGAUAGAUUUCCUUUAUUUUUUACAGACAUUUUGUAUAUUUUUGUGAAGAUAUAGUUUCAUGAAAUUGUUAUGAAUAUUACUAUAUCUUGAUAACCAGUUUUUAUGAAAAUUUGAUAACGUUUGUUAAGGAAAAUAGCAAUUUUCUGACGGUGAUAUAUGAUUUUGUUUAUGUACGUCUCUCAUCUUAAAAAGUGUGAAGACCUAUGUAUUUUAUUUGAUAAUUUGUUAGUUUUAACUCUAAUGAAUGGAAAUAAAUACACUUUUCAAACUUGUAUCAGAUAAAACUGCGAGUAUGGAGUCACCUUAAUGCGCGUAUUAAUUCAAUUAAAGAGAGCAAUAAUUGAAUUGAUGAUAUCUUCAAAUAAUUGAAGAUAUCUUCAAUUAUUUGAGUUUAUGUUAUGGUGGCAUAUUUCUGCCAUCCAGAUAAUUUUUGUCAACAUAAGAUAUCACGUCAAGUCAAGAUAAUUAUCUCGCCAAGUCAAGAUAAUAUUCUGGUUUUCUCAACAUAAGCCAAAUUUUAUCUCGUGUAGUCAAGAUAAGUUAUCUCAUUUUGUUGCGAUAACUAUCUCGACAUGACGAGAUAACUUAUCUUGUAUCGUGAUUAAAAUUGUUGAAUUGACAAUUACUGCCUUUUCAUAAUUGCAGUCACGAUAACUGUAUAAAUAUAGAUAAAUGUUUUCGGGUGUCUCUGUCAUUUUCAUAUUGAAGCGAUGAGGAACGGACAGUUUUCCAUCACACGUUAAAAAGGAAAUCAAAGCAAUGGGAGAUAAUUACAUUGGGACCUUGAUCCACAACGUGCAACUGCGUCAGAUGGUAACAAGGGAUGAUCUCAUUGCCCUUUACUAUCACGCUGGCUAUUCUGUUAAUGAAAUCAUUGGAUUCCUCGCAUGUCAUCAUGAUUGUGCAAUAAGUGAAAGGCAAGUACACCGUAUACUAAGAAGACUGAACAUACAGAGACGCAACAACGAGUCAUCAUUACAAGACAUAGUCAGAGCAAUUAUUUUUGAACUAGAUGGCAGUGGAGGUAACAUUGGAUAUAGAACUAUGAAAAGACGAUUAUUGACAAAUCAUGGUCUCCUUGCCACAGGAGAAACUGUCAGACUGGCUCUUACAGUGCUUGAUGCAGAGGGCGUGCUUGCUCGUAGCAGACAUGUUUUUCGUCGUAGACGUUACAUUAGCAAAGGUCCUAAUUUUUCAAUUCAUAUAGAUGGAUGGGACAAACUUAAACCCUUUGGAAUAUCAAUACACGCAGGCAUUGAUGGAUAUUCUCGUCGCAUACUUUGGCUAAACGCAUGUAGUUCAAACAAAAAACCGGAAUAUAUAGCACAUUUCUAUCUGAAAUAUGUUCGAGAAAUCAAUGGGAUGCCAUGUGUCAUUUAUGGAGACAGGGGGACAGAAAACUCAAUUGUUAGGGACAUACAGUAUGCACUUCGCUGGCACCAUAGGGAUCCAUUCCAAGGAUUAUCAAGUUUUAUAUAUGGAUCAUCAACAAGGAACACUCGCAUAGAAAGAUUCUGGAGAAACCUCAGAAGCAUGUGUGGACAAUUCUGGAUGGACGUUUUUAAAGAAAUGGCAGACCAUGGAAUUUUGGAUACUUCAGAUAACAUUCACCUUGAAUGCAUGAGAUUUUGUUUUAUGUCUUUGAUCAAUAAAGAACUGGAUAGUACUAUCCAGCAAUGGAAUGAACAUAGAAUUAGACGAAGCAAAAACUCAGAUGGACCUUUUGGCAAACCAGAUGUCUUAUAUUUCCAACCAGAGGUCUAUGCUACAAAGGAUUUCCGAUUUGAUUUGCCUGGAAAUAUAGAUCAAAUUGAAAGGGAAUAUAGCCUUGUUCCACCCAUGAACGGAGUUUCAAAUGAAUUUCAAGAACUAGCUGAUGUCCUCAUUCAAGAACACAGACUUCAGUUCCCACCUAGAACAAAGGAUCAAGCCUUGGAAUUAUUUUGCAAUAUUAUCACUGCUAUUGACUCAAUUUAACUUUUUGUUGUAUUUGUCGAAGGAAGGGACAUAUAAAAAUAGAGAUGGAAAAUUUCAUAUAAAUCGUUGCAUACACUCUCUUUGUAAAUAACGGAAUAAAACAACUUAUUUACCAAAUUU